CGGCACAAUCAGAUAACAGUGUGGCAGCCAGAUAUAAGAAGCACCAUUCAGAGAGAGCGAGGACGAGGUGAAGACGAAACUCAAAGACAGAUCAUGACAGUCAGACGCACCUCUUUCCAGUGCCUGGUCGUAUGUUGUGUGUUGACCUGGGUCAUGGCCAAGGAACAGCCUGGAGAGAUCCCAGAGAGAUGCCUCAUGGUGAGGAGCUUCUCCUCGACGCUCACGGCCGUGACUCAUGACAACGGCGACAUCCACACUCGCUCUCUGUCGCCCUGGACGUGGAGGCCGACCACGGAAGAACACCGGAUUCCACACACUAUCUGGGAGGCGGAGUGCAGCCACAGUGACUGCUCUGAGCCCAGCCAGCCAGCCGGAGCCAGGAACAACGCUGUGCCCAUAUACCAGAACCUUCUGGUGCUCCACAAAGGGCCAGAGAAGAACUGCUACAUCGCCUCCCACAGGAUGGUUGCCGUGGGCUGCACUUGUAUUCGGCCUGACAUCUUAUAAAGACGUCAUUUUGAGAGGACUUUUUUCAUGACGCCCUCAGGGUGCCAAGUCUGAUGUUCAAAUAUCUCAAAUGUAUGGAAAUUCGAUUUAUUCUGACAACUAACACAUUGUUUUCGCCUACAUAUUUAACUCAGAGGUACUCCAUUCUGCUAAGCUACUAUUUUUAAACGUUUGGUGUUUAUUCUCAGCUCAUCAAAUUGCAAAUGUUUUUAGUUGUAUUUAUUUAUAUUUAUUUCAUUUGUUUUUUCCACGUUUAUUUGUCAUUGCUGUUGUUGUGCGCAUGUCCCCUCCUGUUUGCUCGUCGUCAUUGUAAAUGAGGGAAACCUCAAUGCCUUAUGAGUGUAAAUAAAGGUUUGAAACAAGAAAAAAUAAAACAUCUCUU